CAUAGCUCGCCAGGUUUUUUCCCAACACCAAUCCACUCUUCCCCUCCUUUUUCUCUCCACUCCCCUCUGCUGUCCCCACCCCAGAUUCCCGUGCAAUUUUCCCCAAUCCCAAACACUUAAUUGAGCAAUUGGGAUUCCUCACGUGUGGGCUCAUUUGUAGUUUGAACACGUGGCUCAUUCAAAAAAGCCGGAAUAGCAGCGGAUUUUUUUUUCUCCCCCUUCUUCUUCUUCUUAUUCUAGGCUCUAGACUUAGAGGCGGGCGCCAGCCUUACCGUGUGUGACAUUCUCUGUCUCUUUGCCAAGGGGUUUGGAGGAAGACACAAAGUAGUUUCUCCUCCUUUUCACCCAGCCCGCCAUCGUUUGGAGACACGAGAUUAAUAAUUGAGCAUUUAUUUAUUGCGCGAUAGAGACAGAGGGGCGAGGGAGCGCAAACGCACUGUGAGGCUGCCAGUUUAAAUCUAUCUGUGGCUUGACCGACCGGGAAGCACGCCACAGCCACUCCGUAGUAGUAAAGGCGAUUUAGGCUAUUCCAAACACUGCACAUCCGUGAGUGCAAAUAACUAUCUCCCUCAGCGUAAAGAUUGUCCCUUUUCGGCGUAGAACAUGAAUAAGCUAUACAUUGGCAACGUGAGCGCAGAGGCGAGCGAGGAGGACUUCGAAAGUAUCUUUGAGCAGUGGAAGAUUCCGUUCACUGGUCAAUUUCUUGUCAAAACUGGCUAUGCGUUUGUGGAUUGCCCGGACGAGAAAGCUGCAAUGAAGGCCAUCGAUGUUCUUUCAGGUAAAGUUGAACUUCAUGGGAAAGUUCUGGAUGUGGAGCACUCAGUCCCUAAACGUCAAAGGAGCUGUAAGCUGCAGAUCAGGAAUAUCCCGCCUCACAUGCAGUGGGAGUGUUUGGAUGGUGUGCUUGCUCAGUAUGGUUCAGUAGAGAGCUGUGAACAAGUAAACACUGACACAGAGACUGCAGUAGUCAAUGUUCGAUACGCAGCAAAGGACCAAGCCAGGCUGGCAAUGGAGAAGCUGAAUGGCUCUAUGAUGGAGAACCAUGCCUUGAAAGUGUCGUAUAUCCCAGACGAGACUGUUGCACCAGAAGGUUCUUCACCCGGAGGCAGGAGAUCAUUUAAUGCCCGUGGACCCCCUCGGUCUAGUUCCCCAGGUUUGGGCGCCCGCCCCAAAGUACAGUCUGACAUCCCCCUGCGUAUGCUGGUUCCCACGCAAUUUGUAGGGGCAAUUAUCGGCAAGGAGGGGGCGACUAUCCGCAACAUCACCAAACAGACCCACUCAAAGAUUGACAUCCAUAGGAAGGAGAAUGCUGGUGCAGCAGAGAAGCCCAUCACAGUUCACUCUACACCUGAAGGCUGUUCAAGUGCUUGUAGGACCAUUAUGGAAAUCAUGCAGAAGGAAGCCCUUGACACAAAAUUUACUGAGGAGAUCCCACUGAAGAUUCUCAUACACAACGGCUUUAUAGGAAGAAUAAUUGGGAAGGAAGGACGCAACCUGAAGAAAAUAGAACUGGACACGGGGACCAAGAUCACAAUCUCAUCUCUCCAAGACCUGACCAUAUACAAUCCAGAGAGGACCAUCACAGUUAAGGGUGACCCUGAAGCGUGUGCAAAAGCUGAAGAGGAAGUGAUGAAGAAGGUCAGGGAAUCGUAUGACAGUGACAUGGCUGCCAUGGCGCUCCAGUCCAACCUGAUUCCAGGCUUGAAUCUGAAUGCACUGGGUUUGUUCCCCAGUGGAGCAUCAGGCAUGGGCAAUGUGUCCAAUGUCCAAGUUACUGGAGCCCACCCUGGAUUCUCACCAUUUGGAUGGAGUCCUUAUGGGGGUGAGGGGCCAUUUUGGGAUUCUAUGUCACCGGCGAGCAGCCAGCCCCUUGCUCAGGGACAGCCGGAGUCUGAGACGGUUCACCUGUUCAUCCCCGCUCUCGCAGUGGGAGCUAUCAUUGGAAAACAGGGUCAACACAUCAAACAGCUGGCACACUUUGCUGGGGCUUCGAUCAAGAUUGCCCCCGCAGAAGGAACAGAUACCACUCACAGGAUGGUCAUCAUCAAUGGUCCACCAGAGGCUCAGUUUAAGGCUCAAUGUCGCAUAUUUGGUAAGCUUAAGGAAGAGAAUUUCUUUGGACCCAAGGAAGAAGUGAAACUGGAGGCUCACAUCAAGGUUCCCUCAUCUGCUGCUGGACGAGUCAUUGGGAAGGGUGGAAAAACGGUCAAUGAGCUCCAGAACCUGACCUGUGCAGAGGUGGUGGUGCCCAGGGACCAGACACCGGAUGAGAACGAUCAGGUCAUAGUAAAGAUCUGUGGGCACUUCUUCGCUUGUCAGCUGGCUCAGAGGAAGAUCCAGGAGAUUCUAGCCCAGGUGAAGAGGCAGCAGCAACAGCAGUCGAAAACAGCACCUGGUGCUCAGCCUCCACUGCCCCGCAGGAAGUAAAUGAUCCAGUGGACCUGGAGGAACGAUGACAGAAUCAGCCGGAAGACUAUGCAGCAGAGUCCGGGGGAGAAGACGAGGGGUUGUAAUGCUCACCUCAGGGGUCAAAGGUUCUCCGAACCCAACCAAACAUCCACCCCUCCAUGUCUUACUUGAUGAACGUUCAAGUGUGGCUAAGAGACCCUGAGCUUGUAAACCUCCACCCACCUCAACUCUCUGCAUCUCUGUGAGAAUGUACUUCUGGGGGCUCCCAGCAAUGUCAUCUGCCCUCACAUGUACACACCCCUUGACAACUGUCCACCUCCCCCCACGGGUGUGUUAAAACAAAUUUUUCCCCUCUUACACUAGAAACACAAAGAAGAAAUAAGAAUCCCCCUCCUAUCACCUCCUUGGUGUGGUACUUUAAACCUGACAAGAUGUUUUGGAUGACUUAAGAUUUAGUUGAAACUUUGUUUUUCUUCUCCUUUUAGUGUUUAAUUGGUUGAAGCUUUCUCAUAAGUUUUCUGUGGAAAGGAAAAGGCAUUGCUAUCAAGGUCCAAGUUGGACCAAUAGAGAUUUAUUUGGGGGGAGGGUUGGCUCAGAUUGGGUGGGCCAUGUUUAGGGGAAAGAUUUCUUGUUUCAGGACGGGACCCCUGAAAGGGUGGAUUAUAUUGGGCGUCCUGCCCCUGUAAUAGUGGCAUUUUAUAAAUUCGGAUGCAUUUUAUAGAUAGACCUAUAUACAUAGAUGAAUAUAUAUUUAGAGGUGAGGGCAGCGCCAUGACUGACACUUAGGGAAAUGGUGCCGAACUGCUGCUGCCCAGAAAAACCAAUUUAAUAUGCAUUUUACUUAACUACCUCAGGAUCUAGUACCUCAGAAGAGAAAAGAAAAUGAUUAUAUAUAUAUGAAAAAAUGUUCCUUUCUUUUUUAUUUUGCUUUUGUGGUAUUUUGUAUACUUUAUAAAGCUGAUAGUCUUUGAACAUUUUUAUUUUUUUAAGAAAAUUUAAAAUUUGGUCAGCUGCCAACUGACCUUGCCUUCAACUCUGGUGCUUUAGGUGGCAUUGUACAUGUGUAUGUGUGACUUAAGAUGACCCUGUACAUAAAGUCUAUUUGUACAUAGCGGCCCCAGAGCAAGAGUUGGCGCCCCCUCAGCUGGCGGCUGACAAGAGUAUCUAGAGAAAAUCACCUCAGUUUUUCCCCUGAGGGUCCACCAUCUUCUCAAAAAAGUACAAAACAACUCGAAGACAUGCAAAAUAAUGCCAACCGUACAUAAUUGCAGCAAUGCCAUUUAAUUUUGGGACUGACAUGGUUAUUGGUAAUGGUACUUUAAUUUGUCAAAAUUUCCUUUCUGCCUGACUGGGUUUAUUUUCCAGAGUAAGCUUUGUCGGUUCAGAGCGGCCCUUGUAGCCAGGCCAUCAGAUCAAUGGUAAAGUUGUUCUCUGCAAGGUGAGGGUAGGGGGAGUCACACUGAUACUUUUUUUUUUUUUUUUGCUAUAGAAAAAUGACAAACAAAAAAAGACCUUUUUUGUGACUCGCAAAUAUAACUUGAAGCUUCAAUUUGUUGUUCAUACAGGGAAAAACGAACCAGAAAGGCGCUCACAUUUACUGACUGAACCUUGACUGGGGGCAAGAAAAGACGAAAGCUUUCCAAAACUUACUUCUACUUAUUUCAUUUGUCUCUUCAAUCCGAAUGUAAAUAUGUUGAUUGUGGUAAAAGUGCUCGAGUGUAUCCAUGCUUCCACAGUAGAACACCGUCUACCUCAGCUGAGGGGGUGGGGGGUUGUUGUGGCACUAGGCACCCCACCCUGCCCCCACUGAGCGCCAGCGCGCACCGAUACCUCAGUCCCCCGAACACUUCUUUCUACAAGGGCGCGCCAUCAUAACACCGCGCUUAACUGAGGGGCACAAGUGAUACUUUAUCCCAGAAUUCUCCCAGUUCCCCACUUCCUUCCUGCCAAACCAUCCUUCUAACCCUUCCCCUCCUCUGCAGUUUGUUUUGAUCUACCUCUUUAGACACAUAUUUGAAAUAGAGGCAUUCUUCUAUUUGUUAGGAUUUAGCCCCUCCGCUUCUUUACACCUCCCAUUAUUCCCCAGAUAUGAAUGGAAUCUUAAAAUAAAAUCAUGUACUCUUUAGAAAUGAGAGAAUAAUUGAAAGUGAUCAAAAAUAUUUUCUUUUUUGCCAGUGUUUAUAUUUACUGUUUUGGCUUAAUUGAAAUCCUCAAUUGAUGGUUCUUUCUUUCUGCUUUCUAUUUUUGGUGGUGUGGCUUACCUGUAUUUGAACUUUUACUUGGGUUUUUCGUGAAAAGGUCAAAUUGCGUGUUAGAUUUUUUUGCAUUCAGUAGUUUAAAUGAGAAAAUACAGUUAAAAAAAAAGGCCUGCCUUUUUCUUUCUGAUUUAUAAGACUACAAAAUAGAUACAAGUCCUGUCUUUCUUUUUUUUUUUUUCUUCUCCUCCCUGUCUUUCAGAUGCUACACUCACUCGCUGAUUUGGUAGCUAUUUUCUUCUGUUAGCAUUUCUUGGCUGUGUAACGUGAAACAUCCUCUUGGUAUGGGUCAGAUUUGAGGGAUUGGGUCUCUUGAGUUUUUGGAAAAGUGACUUAACUUCAGCAUGAUAUUCCCUCCUCCCCCUUCUCUGCAACCAUGCUUGUGCCCCUUCACCUCCCCCUCACACAGCUCCACUUGUCAAAUGCCUCUAAAUAAAUAAAAAAAAAUUUAAACUG